CACGUCACGAAUUGGCACAUACUAUAAUUUUCCUUCUUCUCUACGUUUUAUCACCCUUUUCGGAAAAUUCUGUAAUUCUGUUUCUGCGCAUGUGUAUGUCUUAUGCGCUUGUGCAUGUUUCUCACUCUGCAACUCAAUUUUUCCUGUGCAUAUUAUACACGUUUUUCUUGCAUUUUUCUGUGUUUCAGUCACACCAAAUCGUUUUUUUCUGCGCAUUUCCAAGGUUUUCUAACUGCUCCUCAUGUUUUCUGCGCAUAGGCAUGUUUUUUUCUUUGGCAUCAUUCGAUUUCAUCGUAUUCGAAAGUUUCUGUAAUUUUUUAUGCGCGAGUGUAGGUUCUUAUGCACCUGUGCACAGUUUUCCCACUGAAACUCGUUCUUUCUGCACAUUCACACUUUUUUUGAACUGCUCCACGUGUUUUCUAUGCAUCGGCACAUUUUCCCUUCUGCUCCACUGUAUU